CCUAGCCUGGCACGCGCACCUCAGAUUCCUCCUCCUCCUCCUCCUUUUUCUUCUUCUUUAUAACCUGAACUUCAUUUUUUUAAUGACAGUGUCUAAUCUACACAGCCGUGAGAAUUAAAACAGGCUAGCUUGGAGUAAGAAGAUCGAGAGCUGGGCUAAGAGACCACAGUCACUGUUAGUUAAGCCGUGUAACUGUAACAGCUCGCGAAUCAAGUCAGAUAUCAAUGAAAGGAGCGCGCGCGCGGUGACGACUACAUUAACUACACUCCCGAAGGAAGCCGUAAAAAAAGACAUUGCGUUUUUCCGGAAGUUUACCAACACCUGCGACGACGCAGGCUGAAACAUGGAAACAGUUGGCUUUAAGCAGGGGAUAUCGAUACAGCGCCAAGCAGAGUGAGGAAGUGGACUUCAGACGCAGGUCCGUUUGAGAGUAGAAGAUGACUUCCCCAUGGUGUGCUAUUGGAAACAAAAUCUCCUCUCUGGGUCUGGUUGACCUCCCGAAGCGUACACAUAUGUCAAACUCUGGCAUAUCUUGUGUAGUGAUGUUCCCUGACAUCACAGCACACACUUUCACAGUCAGCAAACAUGAUCCUGGACAUGUGUUAUUUGAGCUUGCUUUUAAACACCUGGGCAUAUUAGAGAAGCAGUACUUUGGUCUCCAGAUCACUGAAGAUACUUCUAGUUCACCUAGGUGGCUGGACCCCAGCAAACCUUUCAAGAAGCAGCUUAAAGGGUCUUCUCCAUUCUAUUUAAUAUUCCAAGUGCGGUUCUUCAUCUCUGACCCUAACUCUCUUCAGCAUGAACAGACCAGACACUUUUAUUUUUUGCAAAUUAAGAAGGACAUUCGGGAGGGCAGGUUAAAGUGUCCACUAAGCUCUGCUGUGGUGCUGGCAUCCUAUGCGGUUCAAUCUGAAUUUGGAGACCAUAUUCCUGAGUCUGCUCCAGGAUAUCUUGGAAAAAUCUACUUCCUUCCUGAUCAGGACAAGGAAUUCCUUUUUAAAGUAGAGUCGUUGCAUCCUCAGCACAAAGGCCUAUCUCAGAGUGAGGCAGAGUUGUGUUACCUGAACACAGCUAGAACCUUAGAUCUGUAUGGAGUAGAGCUUCAUAGUGCACAGGAUGCUAGUAACCCCUCUCUCUGGGUUGGGAUUGCAUCAGGAGGCGUGGCCAUGUUUUGCAAUUUGGUUUGUUCCAGUUUCUUCCCCUGGAUCAAUAUAAUCAAGAUUUCAUUCAAAAGAAAGAGAUUCUUCAUUCACCUUCGACGGAAACAUGGGGCAGUUGGCCCGCAAGCGGUGUCUCUGUCCAUGCCCAGCUCUCGUUCCUGUAAAAACCUCUGGAGGUCCUGUGUGGACCAUCACACAUUCUACAACAGAAAAAACUUGCAUGCUGUCUCCAAACCUAGGUCUGUCCCUCUGUAUCGGAAACUAGUAGGCGAGGUGAUGUGGAACCCCUUAAUAAGGUCUCUUUCCACUGAACAUCUGGAAACCAAAAGUCUCCCCUCAAGAUCUCCACCCAGUACACCUAAUUGGCGCAGUCCUCGGCUGCGACAUGAUUUCCGUAAGCCCCGUCCAUCUUCUGUAGACAACCUUACUAACGACAUGAGUUAUGUGACUGAGAGUGAAGAUGUGUUCUAUACUUACAGGAAACCCCAGGAAGAGCCCCUCAGUGCUCACUCCCAAUCUGAUGACAACACUUUGGAUGAGGAAGACUGGCAGACUCUCUGGGAUAAGGAUAUGGAAGCUGAUGGAGAACUUCUGCUAAUCAGGUUCAAACCUGACAAAGAUGGCAAGUUUGGAUUCAAUGUCAAAGGAGGUGUGGAUCAGAAGAUGCCUUUGGCAAUCUCUCACGUAAAUCCUAAUUCUCCGGCUGGUCACUGUGUCCCUGCAUUGCUGGAGGGAGAUCAAGUGCUCUUGAUAAAUGGACGUGACAUUUCAGAACACACACAUCAACAAGUGGUCAUGUACAUCAAAGCCAGCAGAGAGUCCCACAGCAAGGAGCUCGCCCUGCUUGUACGCAGAAAAGGUGUCUCUUUGCGAGCUGAAACCUCACUACAAUUUCCAGGCAGAUUUAACCUUCCAGAAGAAAUUCCUCCUUCUCCUGGUCACCCAUCUGGAGAGUCACUACAAGAGUCGAUGAACCGUCUGGAGAGGGGAUUGAAUUCUGGCACUUUGCUUUUGCAAUUUGAUAAAUUACACAGGAGGAACCCAGAACGGUCAUUGUCUUGUGCACAGCUGCCUGAGAACAUGGAAAAGAAUCGGUACAAAGAUGUGUUACCGUAUGACUUCACCAGGGUGGUGUUACAGACGGAGGUGGAUAAUUACAUCAAUGCGAGUCAUGUGAAGACUGAGCCAGCAGGUACCACAUUACGUUAUGUGGCAUCACAGGGACCACUGCCAAACACAUGUACUCACUUCUGGAGGAGUGUAUGGGAGCAGGGAGUCAGUGUGAUCAUCAUGUUGACCACACUGACUGAGAGAGGAAAGACCAAAUGCCACCAAUACUGGCCUCAUCCUCCUGAAAUGAAGGACUAUGACUACCUUCAAGUGUGCUGUCAUUCUGAAGAGUGUAACCUGACCUAUGUCAUCAGAGAGCUAACGCUCACACACACUAAGUUGGGUGAACAGCGCUCCAUCACACACCUACAGUAUGUGGCCUGGCCAGAUCAUGGGGUCCCAGAUGAUUCUUCAGACUUCUUGGACUUUGUCCAGGCAAUGAGAAGCAAACGAAAGGGCACUGAACCACUUAUGGUCCAUUGCAGUGCUGGGAUUGGACGGACAGGUGUGCUCAUCACCAUGGAGACGGCCCUGAUCCUGAUGGAGGGGGCAGAGCCAGUGUAUCCUCUUGAGAUAGUCGCUUCACUGAGGGAGCAAAGAGCUAUGAUGGUCCAAACCCCGUGCCAGUUCAGCUUUGUUUGUCACGCCAUCCUGCAUGUGUACCGAGAGAGAUUCAAACACAGCCAAGCAACUAGCAGCUGACAAGAGGAGGACAUGAGACACGGAUAUGAAUACAGAGCUCAUAAAGAGAUGAAAACCAAUCGGUUUUAGGCAUGAUGGAUCAUAGGUAGUAAGAGGGAGAGUUAACUAGGUUUUGUCAGGUCUUGUGCUUUUAUGAAGCAGAGGUAAAGACCAAUGCUAAAGAAAAGUAGUAAAAAGUAAAUGAUUAACAGAAACAAGUAUAGUAAAGAAAAUUUAGGAUCAUCUCAAAUGAACUACUUUUUCAAGUAGCUGGUUACACUUGGCAUGGAAUCAACAGUCAUUUCGGGGGUUGGAAGAAAUUUUAAGAAUUAAAUUGUUGUCAUAAGGUUUAAAGAAUGUAAACUCACAUGCAGUAGAAAUGAUGAAAGCUUUAGCAAAACUUUGCUCGAUUAGGUAAAGAUAUCUAUGCAGUAGUACUGCACAGGCAUAAUCCAAGCCCUUACUGACACACUGAUAUACUGCCAUGCUGCUAAUAACCAAACUUUCCUCCACAUAAUUCUACAGAAUUCUGUGACCAAAAACCACGACCAAUGGUGCUCUCAGAACUGUGUGUAUCUUCUCAUCUUCCAUAACCACCUUAUCCUGGUCGGUGGUGUGGUUUAGGAGUGGAAUUGUACACUGAGCAUGAGUUGGAGGAGGCACCAGUCCAUAACUAUACACAUAUAUUCACACUUUAGGCAAUUUAGCCUAAUCAGUUCACCUCCUGACCUCCAUGUUUUUCGGGAGGUGAGAAGAAACAAGAAAACCUGGAGGAAACCAUGGCCAUGGAAAAAAAAAAAAAACUUUCAUUGACACUUGUGCUGAUUUUAGCACUUUAGACCUUUAUAAUUCUAUGUAAUACACACGAAUACACAGUCUACAGCAAUCAUCACUUUAUUAAUAAAGA